AUGCUGUGGGCGGUGCUGAUGACACUGAUUGAUGCCUCCACCACCGCCCAGGCCUUGGGGGCGGUGGCCAACGGCUACGGGGAGAACUCCACCUCCCAAGCCGGUUGGUCCACCGUGCUUCUGGUCGAGUUCGUGGCGACGACGCUGUUCGUCCUCGUGGUCCUGGGCUCGACAGCCCCACGGGCCAACGCGGUCCUGGCCCCGGUGGCGAUCGGGGCGAGCUUCGCCUUCCUGCUCACCAUCCUGGCGCCUUUCGACGGCGGGUCGCUGAAUCCGGCCCGCUCCACCGGCACCGCGGUUAUCGGGGGUGUUGAAAGCCUGUCUCAGCUGUGGCUGUUUUGGGUUGCCCCGUUGCUGGGGGGUCUGGUGGCGGGUCUGAUCUACCGUGUGGUAGAUCUGGGCCGCUCACCCCGCCGCGCCACCGUGCCGCCCGCCGAAGACGCCACAGCGAGCACCGACACCUCCAUCGCCCCGGGAGCGUGA